UCCCGACUCGCCAUCAUGCAGCGCUGCAGGUCUUCCGUGCUGCUGUUGCUGCCACUGUCACUGCUGCUGGCACUGCUGCUGGGGUCCGCUACCGCUGCUCCCUUGGUGCAGAGACCCUCCAAGGAAGAGCUGACCCGCUGUCUGGCAGAAGUGGUCACAGAAGUGCUGACGCUGGGCCAGGUCCAGCGAGGGCCCUGCACGGCUCUCCUCCACAGAGAGAUGUGCGAGACAGAGCCCUACGGCUGUGUGUCUGCCGAGGUUGGGGAUUUCAAGAAGCGGGGUGCUGGGAAGACGAAGUCCAGCCAGGAGGUGAGGGAUGAGGAAGAGGAGGCCGAGGAGAGGACCCAUAAGUCCGAGGUGCGGGAACAGGCCAUCCACGAGCAGCUCCACAGCCGGCUCCACCAGGAGGAGGAGGAAAAGAAGAAGAGGGGGCCCAUGGAGACCUUCGAGGGCUUGUGGGAGCAGCGUCUAGAGGGUGGAGGGGGUCCCCAGAAGCGGGUGGCAGAGCAGGCCAGUGACGAGGAGACAGCCCAGUUCGAGGCCGAGGAGAAGGGCGUGCAGGUGCUGGGUGGGGGCCACAGCCUGUGGCAGGGGGCCGAGAGCGGGGAAAGAGAGAGGCAGGACUCACUGCACCGCCACCACCUCCACCAGCCAGAAACUGAGCCCAAGCAGGAGGAGAAGGAAGAGGCUUCGGACAGGGAGGAGCAGGAUGUGGAGCGGCUGGAGCACAUGAGAGACGAGCUGAAGAAGGCGACAGAGAUGCUUGGGGAAGAGCUCCUGAGGGAGGGCUGACCCCUGACCUCAUGGCCGCCUCCUUCCGGACACACCCUGCAGCUUAGGACUGUUGACUCCCAAAGCCCCCACCUCACCUGGCAUCCCCCUCCGCUCCCCAACCUGCAGGAGUGGGGAGAAGGGUGUGCCGUGGAACCAGGCCUGAGGGGCCGAGUGUGCCCUGGGUCGAAGGGCUGGGCUCUGACUGGCUCAGGAAGCACCCCACCAUCCACAUGACCCACUCCAACCCUUCCAAGUGAAUAAAGCACAACGAA